AGUGGAGGUGUCUUUUCUCUUCAUUGUCCCACUAUCUGCUAAAUUGUAGCCUCCAGCCUCCCCCACUGCCCUGCAACCUUGGGGUGGGGGAGCAAGAUGAAGUGGAGAGGAAUAGUUAUCGUUGCCAUUCUGCAGGCAAUCCUGCCAAUUACAGAUGCUGAUGGGUUUGGACUGGCAGAUCCAAAACUAUGCUACAUUCUGGACGGGAUCCUCUUAAUUUAUGGUAUACUCAUCACAGCCUGUUUUGUAAAAGCCAAGUUAAGCAAAGCCCCUCCUGAACCUACAUCUUCUCAAAACGUAGAUGACCUCUAUAAUAAAUUGUCUCCUGGACGCAGAGAUGAAUAUGAUUCAUUGGGAGUCAAAAAGAGAGAUGCUGACAUUGAAAUGGGAGGGAAAAACCAGCACAGAAGAAAGAAACCUCAAGACAAAGUUUACACAUCUCUACAGAGGGAUAAGAUGGGCGAAGCAUACAGCGAAAUUGGGACAAAAGGAGAGAGGCGCCGCGGCAAAGGCAAUGAUGCUGUUUAUCAGGGCCUCAGUGCAGCAACGAAGGACACCUACGACGCCCUUCAAAUGCAGCAAAUGCAUCCUGCUUACUAGCUGCAGUUGAAUCUAAGAAGGCGGAGAAGUGGAACUACUUUCAGGGAGAGCUGGAAAUCCUGAUUGCCAGCCUCGGUGAUGGUUUAUCUUCUCAUGAAGCUGUUGCCAUAUACAAUGAAUGCCACUUGUAUGAGCAUAAAAACUAAAGCUCCCUUUCCAACCAACUUCAAACUGCAGUUUUAAAAAUGUACAUAUCUGGCCAGUGUAUAGUUGCUCAGUUAAAUUUGAAGAGCAGAAAUUGUGAUUCUUGUUUCACUAUAUUUUUUUUCCUCAGGAAAAAGUGGGUGCUUUAAGCGAAAUAUCCACAAUAUUUUUCAUCCCUCAUGUAGAAGAUGACUAGGUCCAUAACAGCAGCAGCAACAGGAUAACUAUCAGCCUAUGGGUUACAUCCAGAUUACAUCCUACAUGAGUAGAAGGCAUGUUGUGCAAACUCAGUACCCUUUUCUCAUUGUGUGGCUGUUUCUCAGAUGCUGGGAUCCUGAUUCAUCCUAUUCGGUUCUUUUAGGGCCAGGCUCUUGUGUAAUGUUGCACAGCUUAUUGCAUGCUCUUACUUGAAGGCGGGAUUUCAACCCAUGCAUGUUGUGAUACAGCUUCUGCAAGUUUUGCAGAACUGUCCCACCACUUCAACUCUGAGAUCUGGAUCUAAGCCUUUGUGUUUGCUGUAAACGUGGCAUCAUUUUUGUAGAAUGUUUUUAUUUGUAGCAGGGGUGGUGGGAAAGAUGCAUUGUAGCACUGUAACAUCAUUACUUUUAAGAAAACUCCACAGAUGAGCCAGGAAUAAGUGCCCUACAACCUUCCCCAACUGGUGUCCUCUAGAUGUUUUUCACUACUGCACAGCCAAUGGUCAGGAAUAAUGGGAGCCGUAGUCCAAAAGACACCAGGUUAGGAAAGGUUAGGAUUAAAUUGCAGGCAAGUGAACUCCUCCCACUCCUCCCCCCGCCAUAAGAGGGCAAUGUUAUAGCUGACACAACUUAUUUGUGCAGUCCUGGGGACAUAAUUGCUAGAGGUGGAAAAGGAUGAGAAGGUAUGAAAAUCUGAAGCUGUGACAACCAUACGGACAAAUUCCCAUGGAUGAAACGAGCCAGAUGAAUUGCAGGUAAACAGAAAGACAGGCUCCUUCUCGCUGAGGAUAAUUUCUUACACAUUUCCUAAUUUGCUUAUGUAUCUUGAAGCUUAGAGUCUUUACAAUCGGGUUUGAAUGAAGGAUCCAUAAAAGGACACCUUAUUUCUUAUCAUGCACAAAAACAGGUUCAUGUGUAGAAUAAUCAAAAUUGAUCUUAGACCGCAAUCUACAUUGCAUUGAAUGCAGUAAGACUUACUUUUGAGUAAGGAUUACGCUGUGCACCACUAAAGUGCAAAUCAUGAAAAUGGACUUGCGCUGAGGCAGUAUGUGCUCACAGCUAAGAGAAUGGAAGUGGACCUUGUGAUCAUGUGCUGCAGCCCUUUUGCCCCACUCUCACCCCAACCAACCCCAAUUAGGUACAUUUGUCCUUUUGACCUCAACUUACAUUGCCACCCAUAAUAAACGUGGUUAUUAGCAACGUUGCAUCUUGUUUGCUAAACAGCUUCAAAUCCUAACUAGUACUGAACAGGCUCAAUUGCCAGUGCUAACAUAUUGUGCUUGAUGCCAGCAGGGAAAGAGUAGGUGAAAUUUGCAUGUGAGGUGAGCAGAUGCCGUGCACAAUACUAUUAUUAACAGCUUAAUCCUACCUAUGUUAUGUGGAAUAAAGUUCCACUGUAACCUUUGGGACUUACUCCCUAGUAAGUGUGUUUAGGCCUGUAGCCUAAGAAACUGGAAAACUUUAUCUGUUAACAGCUAGAAGAAGCAUCCUUAUUUUGCUUCUCUUAGACAAAUUCCUAUUGUGAGAAUUAUAUUCCAUCUAUAUUUUAAUUAUGUUUUCAUCUAUUGGUUAGUUACCUUGGAGAUCACUGGAGGAUCUUUUAUUAUUCUAUCUGUGUGUCAGGCUCUGAAUGACCCCAAAAGGGUUCUCACACAAGAUGCAAGUUCAUUCCUACAAGAUUGUUGAGUUAUUACCAUAAAAAACAAAAAAAGAUGAUUGUUCUAGCCUUAGAACUCCCUUAAUCAAUGAUUGUGCAUCCGGUUCCUGAUUUUGGUGGACCACAUUCUUGUAAAGAUAGUUGGAUGCUUUAUAUAUACUGAAACCAGUCUUGCUUGGAACUACCAAACUGGAAGUCAGAAGUUGCUUGCCUGACCUAAUGCUUGACUAAAUCGCAUCUUUCAAAAAUGCACUUCUGGAUCUCUAAAACUGCAGUAACUAAGAGUUUAGUAUGAAAUGCAUUGUUGCUAUUGUUUCUAUCUAAAUAAUUGAAACCACAUGUUCUGUAUAUUUUAAAUAAAAGCGUCUUUAAGUGUA